AAAAAAAUUUGACAUUUUUUACUCAUAAUCUCACAUUUUCUGAAAUUAUACAGAAGAGAAACGAAAAUAAACCCAAAACAAAAAAAAGAACGAAACGAAAAUGAAAAAAAGGAACAAAAACUAAUAUACAGAAGAGAAGAAAUUAGGAAAAAUUGAUUUUAUCAGUCCCAACUUUGGCCGUCCUGAUAAAAAUAGUCCCAACUUCCAUUUUUUAUUGUUCAGUCCCAACUAUUGGGGGUACUUUACACACGUGGACCCAGCAGGUUACCAACCUGCUAAUGCAGGUGAACAAUAGUCACGUGCCUCCACGUGACCUUGUUAGUUAAAGGCACCCACACUUUCCCCCCCAAAAACAUAAUCUCACACUCUCUUCCUCCUUCCUACCUUCUACGAAAAACCCAAACUUUCCUCCUUCGAAAUUUGCAAAUCUCCCAUGGCAGCACAACACUCAUCAGGAUCCAGCAAUUCAAGGGGGAGUGGAAGAGAGGUUCAACUGAAAUGCUACCAUAACAUCCCAGCAAGACAAAGAACCUGCAAACAUGGAGCGAACAUGGGGAAGAAAUUUUUGGGUUGUUCUAAGUGGCCUGGCACAUCUGAUUGUGGGUUCUUCAAAUGGGAGGAGGACAAUGAAGGACAAUGCCAUGGAUGUGAGUUUUUGCAGAUGAAGUUAUUGGAGCAAUACACAAUAUUUGGUGAAUUUGAAUUGCAGUUCAAAAGUGUGGAGGAAAAGUUACAGAAGUUGAAAUUGAAGAAAGAGAAGAUGGAGGAAGCAAUGCACAGUAUGAGUGAUGAAAUGUUGAAGAUGCGUUUUGAGAGUUUGAAGACUGCCAAAGGGGAAAAUUAUGCUGUAAUUGCUCUAGGCUUGUCAUGGGUUCUGUUUGUAAUCCUUGCAAUUUGGUUGUACUAA